UAAAGUAAAGUAAAGUAGAGUAAAGUAAAUUAAUUUUUCCUGCUGCUUUCAAAAGCUGUGAUAUAUUUCUGUCAGCUCUGAAGGGCUGACAGCUCCCUGCAAAGCAGGAGGGAAGUGUAAAUUACCUGCACUUCCACAAGCACACGGGGGAAAUCAGAGUUUUAGAAAUCAGUGGUUUUUUAUUGCCAGUCAAUCUCCCCUUUGUUUGCCAGGGUGGAUCAAUAUGAUCGAUAUGUGAGCUAGCCAUCUGAGAGCAGAGAGGAAAAGCAGCAUGAAGCAGAAAACCUGGGAGCUUUACAAAUCAUUCUCUCUUUACCUCCCGCUGCUGUCUCCACCCUCGGUACGUUGUGACUCCUCCUGGAAAGCGGUGAUGCUGAAAUCUGCCAGGGCUGGAUCAGCUCAGUCCCGUGCAGUGCUUCUGCCAGCUGGCAGUGCAGAGGAGCUCUGUUUUCCCUGCCUCCUCAUCCUCCUCUGCAGGGUGGAAACCUCCACAUGCUGUGCUUUCAUGAAAGCCUCAAACCAGCUAUGAGAGCACAGCUUUCUAACCUGUGUGAGUGAGCUGGAGUCUGGGAAGAAUUCACCUGUCUGGUAACUGAAUUUACAGAGGCUGAAAGUCCAGGGACUUUCAGGUGAGUGAAGGACAGGACAGCAAUGGGACUGUGACUACAUGGAGAAUGUGCCCUGGGGCUACAGCUCAUCCACGCUCUGCUCCACUUCCCCCAUUUCAGGGGACCAUGGAGAACAUGUGCUGAGAUCAAGUGCCGAGCAGGAGCAGCAGUGGUUUAAUGAAGAUGGAGAAUGACACAGGGGACGAGCAGAACCACACUGGGCUGCCGCUGUCAAGCCAGGAGAUCAUUACAGCUGAAUACCAAGUGGUUACCAUCCUCUUGGUCCUCCUCAUUUGCGGACUGGGCAUCGUGGGCAACAUCAUGGUGGUUUUGGUGGUCCUCAGAACCAAACACAUGAGAACUCCCACUAACUGCUACCUGGUGAGUCUGGCUGUGGCAGAUCUCAUGGUGCUUGUGGCUGCAGGACUCCCCAAUAUCACAGAAAGUCUGUACAGAUCCUGGGUAUAUGGCUACGUGGGGUGUCUCUGCAUCACUUAUCUCCAGUACCUGGGGAUCAAUGCUUCUUCUUUUUCCAUCACUGCUUUCACUGUCGAGAGAUACAUAGCUAUCUGCCACCCAAUAAAAGCUCAGUUCCUAUGCACUUUUUCAAGAGCCAAAAAGAUCAUUAUUUUUGUCUGGGCUUUCACCUCCAUAUACUGUAUGCUUUGGUUUUUCCUGCUAGACCUCAAUACAGUAGCCUACAAAGACACUACUGUUGUGUCUUGUGGCUACAAGGUGUCCAGGAGCUAUUAUUCUCCUAUCUACAUGAUGGACUUUGGUAUAUUUUAUGUUUUGCCAAUGGUAUUGGCAACGGUUCUUUAUGGCCUGAUUGCUAGAAUACUGUUCCUGAACCCCAUCCCUUCGGACCCAAAAGAACACUCUAAGGCAUGGAGGAAUGACGUGGCUCACCAAAACAAGCCUGUGAAUUCCAAGACGACUAACAGGAGUUUCAAUAGCACUAUUGCUUCUAGAAGGCAGGUCACCAAGAUGCUGGCUGUGGUAGUUGUCCUAUUUGCAUUUCUAUGGAUGCCCUACCGAACACUGGUGGUUGUCAACUCCUUUCUUUCCAGCCCCUUCCAAGAAAACUGGUUCCUGCUAUUUUGCAGAAUCUGCAUUUAUCUAAAUAGUGCCAUCAAUCCUGUAAUUUACAAUCUCAUGUCCCAGAAAUUCAGAGCAGCCUUCAGGAAACUCUGCAACUGCCAGCAGAAGCGGGACAAAAAACCUGCCAGUUACAGUGUGGCCCUAAAUUAUAAUGUCAUCAAAGAGUCUGAUCACUUCAGCACUGAACUAGAAGAUAUUACUGUCACCAAUACCUAUCUGUCCUCUGCUAAAACAUCCAUCGGUGACACAUGUUUGUCGUCUGGGGUAACAGAUAAUGCCUUAUGAUGUUUGGCCUCAGACCCACCUUGUUCUGAGUAUGCAGCCAUACAAAUCCUUCAGAUGCUCUGUUCCCACCAACCUGCAUGAAAUACAAAGAAAGGCAUUUCUGCUCACAGAACUGCGGGAGUUACCAUAUAUCUCUACACACCUGUCUGCUUCAUACAAGAAAACACAAUUUACUGGGGAAAGCAAUAUACUGCCAAGUCUAAUUGAAUGAAGAACUUAAUGUAACUUUAAGCAGGUGAGUUGACUUCAGUGGAAUACGCAAGUCCUACACCUCAAGUAUAAGAGAUGAAGAAACGUGGAGACAGCCAAAUAGCAGUCUGUGCUCCCCAGAAGAGCAAGGCUGCCUGGGACUUCUCUAUGGACACAGAGCAGGACAGAGCCUCCUUACAUGCUGCUGCAUGUCCUGGGAGGGCUCGCACUGCACUGGGUGUCCAAG